AGGGAAGGGGGAUUGUAUUUGUAUAUUUGGAUUACCCAUUUAUUUCCUUCAAAAACCCUAAUUCUAUAAAGCCGCUCAGAAUCUUUGCUCUCUGUUUCGUAUUCUCUCUACUUGUUUUCUUAGCGCUCAGAUCUCUCUCCAAAGCUCGAUUCUCUGCCCUUCAAGCAGAUGGCGGCAACACAGGAAGCCAGUUCUUCCCCUACUCCCAGUGCUCAAGUUGUUGGGAAUGCGUUUGUUGGGCAGUACUAUCACAUCCUUCAUCAUUCUCCCCAAUUGGUGCAUCGGUUCUAUCAGGAUACAAGUUUGCUAAGCCGCCCGGAUAGUAAUGGAGUGAUGACAACAGUGACAAGCAUGCAGGCAAUAAAUGACAAGAUCAUAUCCUUGAAUUAUGGAGAUUAUACAGCAGAAAUAAUAACUGCUGAUGCUCAGGACUCUCAUGAGAAAGGAGUGAUUGUCUUGGUUACGGGAUGCCUAACUGGGAAGGACAACUUGAGAAGAAAAUUUUCCCAAACAUUUUUUCUUGCUCCGCAGGACAAAGGCUAUUAUGUCUUAAAUGAUGUGUUAAGAUAUGUUGAAGAGACUGAAUCUAUUCGAAGCAACUCUUCUUCAGGUGAUGCCAUCAAAGACAAUACCGUAACGGUGACAUCAACCCCAGAACCUGAACCAUCUCAUGUUCCUAACCAUCUCACUGUGGAACCUCCAACGGCACUGGAAGAGGAAGAUAUGAACAAUGUUCCUGAAGUGUGUGAUCCUUCCAGUAAUGAUGAAGGAUCGGUGAUUGAAGAGGAGGUGGUUGUUGAAGUUCCACAUCCAAGCGAGCAUGAAGUGGUUGUGACAGCAGUAGAUGCAGCCCCUGUUGCUCAAGAAGAUGCUCCAAAGAAGUCGUAUGCAUCAAUUGUUAAGGUGCCAAAGACAGUAUCUGGCCCUGUUUAUGUCCCAACUACUACUGUAAGAGCACCACCACCUGCAAAUCCUGACCAUCAGUCAAUUGGCCUGGUUAAACCUGCCCCAGUUCCCGAUGUUUCUGCAGCAAAUGGUGACAAUCUUCCUGAAAGUAGUAACCUUCAUGAGGAAGCCGAAGGUCACUCCAUAUACGUAAGGAACUUGCCAUUUGACGCCACAGUUGACCAACUUGAGGAAGAGUUCAAGAAAUUUGGACCAAUUAAGCGUGAUGGUAUCCAAGUUAGGAGUAAUAAGCAAGGAUUCUGUUUUGGAUUUGUUGAGUUUGAGCAAUUGAGCUCUGUGCAUGGUGCACUUGAGGCUUCACCGGUAACAAUUGGUGAUCGUCAAGCUGUUGUCGAGGAGAAGAAGACUACUACUCGAGUUAGCGGAAGUGGCAGAGGGAGAUUCUCUACCGGAAGAGGAGGUGGUUUCCGCAACGACAGUUUCAGGGCAAGAGGAAAUUAUGGUGGUGGGAGAGGUGGCUACGGUAGAAAUGAAUUCAGAAACCAGGGAGAGUUCUCCGGACGACCUCGGGGUUCAACUGGACGCAAUGGGGAAGGAGGCUAUCAGCGAGCUAACCAAAACGGAGGUGGAAGGGGAGGAGGUCGUCAGGGUGGAGCAAACCGCACUGCCGUUUCUGGCUGAACAGUUGAAAAGGAAGAAGAGAUACGUUGACAAUUUUUUUGACAGUAAAAUUGAGAAUGAGCUCUACCACCUCCUUUUUCUUUUUUCUUCUCUCUCUCUCUUUUUGUUAAUUUUUGGAAUUUUAGCCACUUUUGAAUGUGGGCUGUUUGGGGUUUGGUUGGGGAAAUGGUAGGAUAAUUAAAAAUGCGGUAGAAGAAACUGAAGGUACAUUCCCUUCACCAAUUAUUAGUCAUUUUUACAUUUUUAUGUGAGAAAAGAUAGCUUUUGAUUUAUAUAUAUUUUUUUUUUUA